CCUCGGCGGGCGUUAAGCAGUGAUCGCCAGGGCGACUAUCGGGGUAAACAAGCGAGAUCUCUGCUCUUCAACCACCAUUUUCACGGAACAAAUCAUUACCUGUCUGCGGAAAUCAGGAAGACUGCGAUUAAAGAUGUCUGCUGAGAAGGACAAGUCAAAGGUGCACAAGCUGUCCCUGAAGGGAUCGUCGAAGCUCGUUUCUGAAUUUUUCGAGUAUUCAAUCAAUUCUAUACUAUUCCAGCGAGGUGUUUACCCUGCCGAGGAUUUUACAACUGUCAAGAAAUAUGGCCUCAACAUGCUUGUCACCGCCGACGACCAGGUCAAAGCCUACAUCAAGAAGAUUAUGUCACAGCUGAACAAGUGGAUGAUUGGAGGGAAAAUAUCUAAGCUCGUUGUUGUCAUUACAAAUAAGGAGACCGGAGAACAUGUUGAGAGAUGGCAAUUCGAUGUGCAAAUAUUCGGGAAAGCAGCGCAGAGCAAAUCCUCUCGCAAGACCGCGGACAAGGAGAAUGCUUCGUCAGGCGACGUUGAUGCUCAGCCCGCCGAGAAAAAGACCGAAAAGGAGAUUCAAGACGAGAUCCAGGCAAUUUUCCGGCAGAUUACCGCCUCCGUGACUUUCCUUCCCGUGCUAGAUGGCGACUGUACCUUCAACGUCCUCGUAUACGCCGAUGCGGAUUCCGAGGUGCCCGUCGAGUGGGGAGACAGUGAUGCGAAGGAGAUCAAGAACGGUGAAAAGGUUCAGCUGCGGAGCUUCAGCACAAAUAACCAUAGGGUCGAUACACUAGUCAGUUAUAGACUGGCGGAUUGAACUACACAAUUGUUCAGUAUCACAGCUAUCUGAUGUCUGGCGUUUCGGGGAAUGGGUCUUUCUGACAAGGGGCGCUGGUAUAUUGCAUGGUAUCCAUUUUAUCACGUCGGC